GUGAAAGAUACAGCUGUUUCGUCAGACACGUUUUCAACAUGAUAGAAAGCCACCAGCCAGUGAUACCGGUAUCGGAGCGGAGUAUACCUCACCCGCUGUAUAUGCCCGAUCCCGCGUUACGUUUGGAAGCGACGGAGUCCACACGGCAGAAACGGAGUUUUAUGAUAAGCAGCGUCCUAGGGGAGGAGUUGGAGGAAAAUCGGCGUGAAGGGUACAGACCGGUAUCCCCAGAGUCCCAGGAUGCUGCGUCCGACUUGGAGCUUGAUGCAGACGUCAGUGUGGAUGUUGAAACUGUUGAUGGCUUAACAGACGACAAGUUAUCUGACGUGGAUGACGAUAAGGAGAAUGCUUUGAGUGAUAUGAGCAAAGACAAUGAUAGUGAGAAGGAAGGUGAUGAGCAGGAUUUGAAGGACAAGGAAAAGGAUACUAAGUCUAAUAGCAGAGGAGAGAAACCUCCAUUCAGUUAUAACGCGCUUAUAAUGAUGGCUAUACGAUCCAGUCCGGAAAAACGGCUCACACUGAACGGUAUCUACGAAUUUAUCAUGCAGAACUUUCCAUAUUAUCGUGAGAACAAGCAAGGAUGGCAAAAUUCAAUCCGUCACAAUCUCAGUCUGAAUAAGUGCUUUGUGAAAGUGCCGCGCCAUUAUGACGACCCUGGGAAGGGUAACUACUGGAUGUUGGACCCUUCAAGUGACGACGUGUUUAUCGGAGGAACCACGGGGAAACUUCGGCGACGUUCCACUGCAGCUAGUAGAAGUCGAUUAGCUGCAUUUAAAAGGACUGGCAUUCCACCAAGGUUGACCCCUGGGUGCUUUCCCCUAGGGGUGGACAAACCUCCGUCUCUAUGGCACAUGUCCCCUAUGAUUCCUCUUGCGCAUCACGCUGCCACCGCUUUACGUUACGGAUACAAUCCCUACACCGGACUCAUUGCACCCAGCCCCACCAUGGCAAGGCCAAUGCCAACAACAACAAACUUUUCCGUCGAUCGUUUGCUCGGCACGGACAGUACACCCACAAGUUCACCUCUUGGUUCGUUACGGCCCGGACUAUCACUGCCUACCAGUUCAUCUCAAAUGUCACAACCAGCGUUUUACUUGCCUCAUCUAGCUGCCGCACAUCCAGCUUACGCAGAUAUGUACUCUACGUUGCGGACUAUGUCUCUUGCAGCUCAUGGACUACCGGGUUUACCCGUCUCAGCGAGUGCAAGCCCUACCAAUGGACUCAACCUGACAUCCGUCGCAGACAGCCAAACAGUUCACAACCCCGUCCCAGUCAUGGCGAGGACAAGCUGAGGACUGCAUGUGCAAUAGUUAAAGGAAAAGGACCAUGUGCUUAAUAUAGGUCUGUACAAAGUGCAUAUUUUGUAUUUAUGAGAUGUAUAUAGUGUAUCAAUGUAUAUGUGACAAAAUAUACAUUGUAUGAUAGGCAAAGCCUAAAUAUGUAAAUAUCUAGCCAGCCUCUUUUAAGACAAGCCGGACUCGCAAGCAUACCCCGUGUAAGUACUUUAUUUUGACUUCAACAUUUUGAGAAGCGAUCAAGAACGUGAUUGACAUUAUGAAUCUAUCAACUUUUGCCUGACACAGUUUGGCAUUUUAAAUGGGCUAGCAACAUUUAAAAUUAACUGAUUUUGAAAUGUCCAUGGAUUACAUGGGGUUAAUUGCACACAGUUAUCUUAUUCAAUUAUCUAAUUAAUCCGGUCGUUUUUGAGCUAUCGGCUGCAAGUGUUAUUUUCACUUUAUCUUGCUCCUUUACGACAACUCUUGCGCUAUUUUACGACAAUUAGUGACAGUUUGACGUCUCAUAUUUGCAAUAACAUGACAACACUGACACAUUUUACAUGCUAUGAUUUUCCACUAAAGGGUCCUAUUUCCCGGGAUUAUCGGUACUUUUCACCGAAAUUGUGAUAUCGCAUACUAGUAUAUGAUUGAAAAACCUCAGCUGAAUAGUGCAAAAUAACAAUUUUUAAUCAGUUCACACUAGUGAUUAGUGACUAGUGGUACUAGAUUCUAUGAUGGCCAAUUUUAGUAUCUUGUUUUUCUCUCAAAAACGACACAGGCACAUUUGGCGUCCAUUGGUAAAACUCUGAUAUGCUAACUUGCAAGUUAUUUAACCUGUGAUUGUCGUAUAUAUUAGUAACUAUGCUCUUGGCCUCAUUAUAUUACAAAUGAAAAAAACUGCUUGAACCACCCAUUACCCCUUUACUGGGAUUUAACCUCCGAAAGUUUGAUAUUGUAUGUAACUCUGUUCAAGGGACUGAUACCCUGUUUACCAUGGUCAUAUGCAUGUACAUGUAGACCUGAUUUCUCAUCUUCGUGCAAAUGGCAAAAUCUGACGGCGUUUGACGAUGGUUUUAUACCGAAUGUGGCACUCUCUUUGAAGUAACGGUUUUCGAGCUUCUUAAAAAUCUUUAAAGGUUUUGCGGCCAACACAAAUAUGCACUAUUUAUAGAUUUUUCAGCGAUACGAAAAAGCACAAAAUUUUGGGAGAUUAUGAAAAACCUUCAAGACUCGGUAAGAAUACCGGUAAUGGUUUUAAAACACAAAUAACCUUGUAUGGUCAUAAAAAGUUAAUUUGCCAUAUCUGAUAGACACGCUCACAUCACAUGGAUACUUUAUUUUCUCUUCGUAGUAUUCAUGAUCACACAUCGCAAGCGCUACGCUGCGUCCCUCCCAGGAAUGAUGUUGUUAUUACAACGCAACUAGUAUAAGACUUUUACAAGCAAUGAUUUCCACUCCGCCGAAAGUAUUAUUUUACAAAUCUGUACACUUCAUUCAGGGUCUGUCAGAUUUCACCGGUAAAGCCCCAUCAAUGCUCAACUUAAAUAGAGAGGUUCAGGUUUCUAAAAUUAGACGUAAGCGUCAACGCCGAGAUAUAGAUUAUCUCUUGUUACAUACGGCGUGCAUUUCUGUAAAGAUGCGUUUACGUACAAGUUUGAAAUCUCAACGUCUCUACUGAUCCGACGGUGGCGUCCUUGUCGGUAAACAGACACUUCACCGAAGAAUGAUACUGAUACAAUAGAUGUUACGCAUGGCAACAGAAUUCUAGACCUUAAAAACUUUUCCGGUACGAUUUUUGUCUGAAUAUAUGGAGCAGUACCGUAUUUUGUGCAAUGAAUUUCUCACCACUGGCUAAAUGCGUGAUUCCUAUAAUGAAGAGCAGACGUACAUGUUACGUUAUUACCCUCGCACAGAAGUUGUACACCGGUGUAUGGAUUUUUUAAGCAAACUUGUGACUAUAAAUAUAAUUUAAGCUAUCAAUCAUAUCGUUUGUAUAAGUUUUUAAAUCAGACCCUUGCAUCUUUUCCGAAUUUGGGUAUGAUUUCUGCUUGAGAAUAACCAACUAUUUCUUAGUAUUUAAAGUGCAAAAUCUAAGCACCGUCAGCACCAAUCAUUUUUUAAAUCCGCCAUUUAUUUUAGCUAAAGGUAUACCUUCUAGCUGAAAAGAAACUUGCAGUAGGGGACAUUGAGAUUAUGUUACGUGAGGUCAAUGUAAACACAUACGAGCGCUUUCUGAACUUAUCUGUUGUCGUGAGCUGCUACCACUCUGUCUGGACCAACAAUUCCCAAAGAAUACUAGAAUUCGAAAUCAAGUAUUCCAGAUGCUCUUCAUGAUCAACUCAAAUUUUCAUUUUGAAAUUAGUUUGGUUUUGUUGGCCAGUUGACACUAAUGGUUUGGUUUUUGAUCGCUUUCUUUGGUCACAUACUCCGGUAAGACAGUAAUUUCGUUUGUAAAUCCGGGAUUUAAACAACAUUGCAUCUAAUUCCACGAGUCUUCAGUAUGAUGUACAAAUAAUCGCAAGUUUCAAACCCAUGACGUUAAGUGCACGGAUAGUCUACUUCUAAAUUGCGACUGAAAUCGGAAGAAUAAUCUCUGUUUCGAUAUUUGUAAAAGAAAGUUGGUCUUCGCUUUGCUUUCCGUGAAUCUAUAUUCUAAUUGUGAUCGAUAUUAAUCG